GAUUCGAAGGCUGGGAUCGAUCCAUCGCGGAACAAUCACUACUUCUUGAUCCCAAACUGGGGCCUUUACAAGGUCGUUGACUUACUCUGUCGUCGCCAAUCUAUUCGGGGUCGUGUCACACAUGUUUAUCAUCUGAGAAAGGUCGAUGAUGCGAAAAAGAUAUUGGAUGAUCCACUCAGCAAUGUCAUAGACCUUACGAUAGAUACUUCCACUGCUCGAUAUCCCACCUCCACCUCACGCCCGCGCACUGAAGGCAUCGCACCUUCUUCUAAUCGAACCUCUACCGCCUCAAGUAUUGGGAAACGAUCACGCAAACAUGUCGUUGAAACUGGAAGCAGCAAGCGCCACAAGUCAGGCUCUGAUCACCCAGCAAACAAGCAAUAUCAAGGCUCCGAGAAGCUUGAAUGGCAAGGAAUUGAUCGCAACGAUGAAUCCCCCCUUUUCCCAACUUACCAGCCUUCGCCCAUCCCCGAACUCGACCUCUGUCCUCCGCCACCUUCCAUGAUCCUGAAAGAUUCAUGGCCUUUGGACGGCCAUGACGAGGUUGAAGUUUUUCGUUUCACUCAAGGAGAGAUGGGAAUACCUGAAGUUUACGCCCAGUACACAGUUGAACAUGGUAAAAAGGGGGCGUGGGUUGAGGAGGAGAUUAGAAAAAUAUUUCUUCUGGAAGAGAUAGAAUUCAUAUACCAGGGGUCAAAAGAUACACAAUCGAAGGGACCCAACAGUCAGGCGGAGAAGGAAACACAAUCUAAGAUGGAAAAUCAGGAGGAAGACGUGAAGAUGGAAAACAGAGUACAUAAGCGAUUGAUAUUGAAAACGGAGUGCUGUAAGUUCCGGACGGCUGCGGGGCCGUACCAAUUCUUAGAAGGCAUGCUCCAUGGAAUGAUGGGUCACUAUAAUAUGUAUAAGGAUGGAUGGCUGCACCGCGAUGUCAGCGAUGGUAACGUUCUAUUGUUACCAGAGCCCAAAAUACGAAAGCCUCUGACACGGUUCGAAUGCACCAAGAACUUGACAAAGUGCGUGGGCGUGAUCUCUGACGGCGACCAGGCAAUCAGAUGGCGAGAGCUAGAUCGUGAGCUUGGGAAACAUCGUUCGGGAACACUCCCUUACAUUUCUAGGCGAGUGCUGAACGCGUGGAAUAAAAAUCAACCCGUGCUUCAUACAUUUGCGGAUGACUUGGAAUCUUUCUUCUGGGUGAUAUUAUGCGUGUUGUUGAGCAUUGGCCACGAACGCAAAAGUUUAACGGAGGACGAGAGGUUGUGGCUUUUUGAAAUACUCGCUGCAGACGAUCCUGGCUCUAGCGACAAGACUAAAAGAUGGGCGCUAUCGAUGCUGGAAGAAUCACUCCCGUAUAACGAUUUUUCCCCUAUUGUGAUGGUUUUCGUGCCCUUUUUCACGGAAAUCAUACCGCUCAUGAAAGAGUCUACGGCGACUGUUCAAAGGCUCAAUUCAGACAACUUGGUUGAAUCUCUAACGACACUCGGAGACAAAUAUUAUGAGUUGUGGUUCAAAGCUUUCCUACGUGCACUGCCGUCAUUGCCCAAGACCUGGGACGAAGUUUUGAAAACCACAAUUUGAUCAUGGAGACGCUUUAACGCUUGACCAUACAUAUCUCGUCACUGUUCUCCCAACCGUCAUCCCUGGACUAUCCUAUACAUAUCAAUAUAUUUAUUAUUUGUCCUAUAGUGACAAGAUUUGAACCAUGAUCAAAUCAAAUCGAUACAACAGUAUUCCCAGCUCACUUCCUUAGCCUAUAUUAUAUCCGCUUGCCUUAAGAGUUCUCCUCAACCCCGGGCUCUUGUUUAGAUUCAGGCCCCGAAAUUAUAUCUUCCCCUUCCCUCCUCCCUUCGAUUUCAUCCUUGUCUCCACCCUCCUCAGCAUCG